GCAGUGCGAGAAACAUCCGGCGCCGACAUUCAAAACUAUGGAAGGCAACUCGAGUAUUUUAAAACUUCAAAUGAAACAUGGAAAUAUAGAGAUUUCACCCGCCGAUGACAACGAGGGUAAAGAGACACAAAAGCAACAAUCGUUUAUUUCUGAAAAUGACACCAAUAAAAGUCCGUCUUCAUCUCCGAAAGUCACCGCUUUACAAAGUGUGUCCGAUGAAGAGACAGGCUCAGACAAACUCUCUGCGGAAAUCAACGGGAACGUAUCGGAAAAGUCUUCAAAAUAUUGUGUUAAGUCAAAAAACGAUAAUGAAUUUGACGAGGAUUUGUCUGAAACACGUCCCAAUCCUCCUGCUAACGCUACAGAAGUGGACGUUAGUUGUGUAGAAAACAAAGAAAACGACUCCCAGCCACAAGAAAGCAUAUCGAUGGGUAACAACAAGGACAAACAGAACAAACUGGAUCAGAAGAGUGAAGACUCCAACUUGGGCACAACAGGACAGGAGAGCAGCGCUCAGGAUUCAGAUGCAAAGAUCCUAAAGAGAGCGCAGGAGGAGGGCUGUGUGAAUGUGGUGUUUCCUGGGACUGUCACUCAGGACGGGUGCUGUCGAUUUGUCAGUGAUAUACUCAAGUGUGUGCUCUUUCAAAGGCAGCAGCUUCCAAUGACCUAUGACCAACUUGUGUACUCGCAAAAGAAGCAACAGGCGUCAAUGCAGGGCAAAGACACAGUGUGGAGGAGACCAAUGCUUAGGGCAGAUAUGGACUGGAGGAAGUGCCAGCAGACCUUGCAAGAGCUGGAGGAGGUGCUGCAUCAGUUGGAGGUGCUGUUUUCUCUGAGCAGAGUCCCUCGGGUGCUAGUACUCAUGGGUGGUACCCUGUUCCUCCCCAAAGAGAUGUACGAGAUCAACAUGGAGGCACUGGUCCUGGCCUCUGGGGACAAAAGCUUGCGUGUUUCAUCUUGUUUAAGGCAGCUCUUCCGCACAUUGUUUGUGGCUGAUCUUUUGUCCGACACCAAGCCAGUUCGUUUAAUGCCGACCACUGUGUUGGUGCUUGCUCACAGAGACUGUGGGGUGGGCUGGUUUCGCCCCAAACUACAGUUUAAAGUCCCAACUCGAGUCAAGAGCAAAAUCAUGAGUCUGUCCACUGACCUUUGCUCCUGUGAGGAUCUAAAAAGGGAUGAGUUAGACUGGGAUGAUUAUAUCUGGUUUCAGGCACCAAUGACUAUCAAGGGCUUCAGUAACAGCAAGGCUUAGGAAAAUGUAUUUCACUUUAUUUGUGGUUGAAAAUAUAACAUUACAAUAUGUACUUGGUCAGUUGUACUGAGUUUUAUUUGAAGAAUAUGGAA